UCACACAUCUUUCUCAACACGGUACUGUACAGACUGCCGAUGACGUAGGUAGUGCGGCCGCUUCCUCCAUUCUAAAAGCCGAGAGCUCAAGAGUGGUUUAUGCGGAGGGGCACUCCAGCUAAUAAGAAUGGGCAUUCAUGGCCUAAUGAGUUAUGUAGGAGAACAUAGUGAGUUCUUUGUUGAUCUGCAGCUGAGAAACACAGAUGUAAUAAUUGAUGGAAAUAAUUUGUAUCAUCGUCUUUAUUUUGAUUCAAAUCUGGAUAUCCGGCAUGGUGGGGAUUAUGAUUCUUUUACAGAUAUCACAUGUCAGUUUUUUCAGUCAUUGGCUGUGUGCCACAUAAAGCCAUAUGUUGUGCUGGAUGGAGGUAAUGAUGCAUCUGAUAAAAAAUUUGCAACUUUAAAGGAACGAGCUCAGGAAAAGAUCCAGGCGGCCCAUUCACUUUCUCAUGGUGGUGGUGGAAGUGUAUUGCCUUUGCUUGUCAGAGAGGUCUUCAAGCAGAUUCUAACUGAACUACAAGUGCCUUUUGUACAGUCAUUUUCAGAGGCAGACAGGGAUAUUGUAUCUCUAGCCAAUCACUUGAGUUGCCCUGUGUUAACUUUAGAUAGUGAUUUUUUCAUUUUUGACCUCCAAUCAGGCUAUUGUCCUCUAAAUUAUUUUCAGUGGAGAAAUCUUUGUAAAUGUAUAGACUCAAAAGAAUGCUACAUCCCAACACGGUGUUUCUCAUUAGAAAGAUUUUGUAGACAUUUUAGCAAUAUGAACAAAACCCUGCUGCCUCUAUUUGCAGUAAUGAGUGGCAAUGACUACAUAAAUCUGCCAACUAUGGAAGUGUUCUUUAGUAAAAUACAGCUUCCUAUAGAGAAAUCCCGGCAGAAGAGAAAAAAGCAUGACCGCAUUCAGGGAUUGCUGAACUGGUUAUCUCAUUUUGCUGAUCUUUCUGAAGCAAUGGAAAAUGUAUUGAAGUAUUUUAAAAAGCAUGAAAAAGAAGACAUACGACAGCUUCUCUCUUCUUUCAUGGGAGAAUAUGAACCAUCUAAUGUCAACCUCAAAGAUUUUUUCCAGAGUGGUAUGUAUGAAUCUGAGGAAAUGAAGAAAUUAAAAUUACCACAGUGGAUUGCAACACACUUAAUUAAAGGACAUCUAGCACCAUUUGUUAGUGAUGCUCUUAUAUUAAGAAGAACAAUCCUUCCUGUUCAGGUGGAGAAUAUGCAGAGAAAUAGUGCUCAUUCCAUAGCUCUGCCAAUUAGACAAGCUAUCUAUUGGUUACUGUUGAACAUUUCACCAAGUUCCCUUAGUCCCUCUUUGAACAAACAAACAACUUCAUUUCCUCCUGUCUUCUAUGAAUUUGAUAGACUCCAAAAAUCACUCAAGAAAUCAUCUGUUUGUGUAGCAGAAUUGGCACAGAAAUUUCCAGAUGGUCAGUUGGCUACAUUAAAUGAGACACCCAUCGCAGAGCGCCUUCUAUUUUUUUUCAAGACAUUCAGAGUAUCAGCCUGUAUCCUUGAACCAGUUCCUUGUUUGCUGCAGCUCCCUAUGGCUGCAAUCUGUUACUGGACCCAGUUUUCAGAACCCAAAGUGACACUACGGCACAUCAAGGCUUUACUUCUUGGAGUAACAUUUGGAGAAUUAGAUAAGAUGUUGCACAUUUCAGAUCCUGAAACACCACAUGCUGAGGUCAAUAAAAUUGUACAUGACCAGUUCUUAAAAUGGAAAGAAAAGAAAUCCCCAAAAGAUUAUUUGGAAUUAGAUGUUGCACACACUUUCUGCCAAUGGCAGUGCUGCCUGCAAGCAGGAUUGUAUCUCAACCAGCUGCUUUGUAGACCUCUCCCUGAACCAGAUCUUACACGGCUUUAUAAUGGGACCCUUGUCCAUAGGUUGUAUCAUCAGCUUAAAUCCAGUUCCACACCAGAGAACCUCCUCAGUACAUACCCAAAGAUUUACAAACUUUACUGCAGCAUGGUACAGAUAAUCAAAGAUUCAACACCAUCAGGUUUCUUUCAGAAGAAAUCAAAAUCCCAAAGGAAAAAGAAUAAGAAAAUUGUUAAUAAAUUGCCAGAGACACAAGAAAGAACCAUGAUGGACACUCUAUCUUUCUGUAGUACUAACAGAUUUGCAACAUUGGCAAUAGAGAACUGAAAGCUCAGUAUUCCAGAUUGGUUGUUGAUAUUUAUCUAUCUUUCGGUUUGAGAAGUUAUUUCUCAAAAGAAUUAAAUAAGUAAUGUUAUUACAAUGGGUUUAUUCCUUUGGUAAUUAAGGAACAUGAAAAAUUGCUGAAUUGUUUCUAAUAAUGGAUAAAUUUUCAGAAGAUAUUUAAAAAACGAAUCUUACUUUGGAAAUGUUUUUUGAAAUAUAUUUCAAAGAUGCCUACCUUUGCCAUCUUUUUCAUUGUUUUGUUGUAUGUGUUUAUACAUUUAAGGAAAUUAUUUACCUUAUUUAUGUUGUAAUACCGUUAGGGUUGCCAGGUCUGCUUCCAAAAAAUAGCGGACAAGCGGGGGGGGGGGGGUUAAGUAGUAAAAAAAUAAAAAAAAAUUACAAUUAAAUUAUAUAUUUUCUUACAAACAUUUUAACACUUAUUAAAAUAAUCACUUCAAAACUUUACUUAAAAUUCAAAACAUCAAAUAUAUUAUAAUAAUAUGUAAAAUAUUAAAUUACAUUUUACUUUGCUGUCGUGUAUUUUUUAUUUGACUGCGCAGCUUUGAUCAAUUCUUUGUGUUUAAGGAAUAAUUCUUUAAUUUCAAUACAAUGUUGAGAAAUAUUAAAAAAUAUACAAAAUUCACUUUGAACUGAUGGUACAAGCAGUUGGUUACGUUCGUCAGUCCACAAAUUUCCCAUGACGCUGAAAAUUCGUUCAACGUUUGCAUUUGAUACCGGAAUUGAUGCACAAUACUGGAACAGUAUUCAGUAAACUCGGAGCUGGCUCUUUCUUGAAAAAGUAUGUCCACUUAUCAAGGGAUGAAUCGCCCUGCAGAUGAACAUAAACUUCUUCUAAGGCAGAAAUUUCAUCGAAGAAAGUGUUGGGUGGAAGUUCUUCUCGCCAUGGUGAUAAUCAGAUAUUCGUCAUUUCUUCUAAAGUUGGAGGAUUAUUGCGAUCAAUUAGAUUGAAACAACUUAGCGUCUCAUAUACUGAAUCGGUGAAAUUAUACCACUUUUCUAGGUACGCAAUGACUCUUUGAUACACGUUGAUGGCUUCUUUCUUGAACUUUUGCACGGCAUUCUCAGGCAAAUGUUUUUUACGUAAGGCAAAUAAAACUUUCAUUCCAAAAAAUUGCUCAUUGUAUUUUUUUUGCAAAGAAUCACGCAGCUUACACAUGAUAAUGUGAAGAUCAUAUGCAAGAAUUUUCUUGUUUCCAGCUUCAGUAGGGUGUCUUGCAUUAUUGACAUGAAGAAGUGCGUGAAAUAUAAAUACAAUUCUGAAAUUGUUGGUUCAUCAUCCUUUGCGAGUUCAUUUUCCUGAUCCGAAAUAAGGUUCCAGAUAACCUUGUGGCACUCAUCAGAUCCAAGAGAAAUAAAAUACGAUUUUAGAGGUCUCCAGUUUAAAAGAAGUUUUUCGACCGCUUUAAACAAACUUAACCAACGUGUUGGAACAUGGUGCAAAACUUCAUGGAAUUUUGACUCGCAAAACUUACGUACCAUUUCAUCAUAAAGCUUCUGAAUAAAAAAAAUGUCCACUAAUUUGUGAAAAAAAAAUAGUGAACAUAAUGUGAAAAAAGUGGACUGUCCACUCAAAUAGUGGACACCUGGCAACCCUAAAUACCGUAGAUAUUUUUAUUUUUAUUUUUUUUUGCUCUACAUAUUUUGCAAAUCUUACUGAAUUGUAAGGCUGCAAUGGGAUAUAUUAAUGAAGAAAUAGAGAAAAAAGCAGAACCAUUGCAAAAGAGACACCUUAGCCCAGGAAUGUACGGAAAAUUGAGGAAGAGAUUGAAACUGUCAUAAUCACAUUAGGUAUAAAUUGAUCUGAAGAAUUAUUUUAACAGGCUCUCAAGACUCUGUUACAUUACCCUACUAGCAGUAAAGCUCUUUUCAGAAAUCCAAAUGAUACUUGUUUUCUGAAUUUCAUAGAUUAAAAAAUAAAUAAAUAAAAUAUAGAAGUCUGCUUUUUAAAGGCUUUUUAAAAAAGAUCAGAAAUCUGAGUAUCAAAAGACUGACGUGCAAGAAAGACAUGGUUUAAAAUUCUUCUGCUGAAUUAAAGAAAAAUGUACAGUAAUAGUGGUUUCUAUCAGCCAUUCAAGGUUAAUCAGGAAACAAACUCCACAAGCAGUAGUGGAACUCUGCUUGCCAGAUAAAAUAACAAACUUGUGCCAUGGACUGAAUUUCUCUUUUUAUACAUAGAAAAUUAAAGUAAGGUAAUUCUAAAUUGCUUGUUCACCUUCUCUCUUUGGGGGCUAAGCUGCUAUUUAUGUAACCCUCUUGCAUUUCCCCUUCAAGUUUAUAUUAAUAGUCCUGUACUGUG